CCUCAGUCUGGGUACCUAACUACUUCAAACUUCUCUCUCUCUCUCACACACAAAAUUUCCUCUCUCUCUUUUCUUUUCUCAUUGAACCAAUGGUUUCAUUAGUGUAGGCAUCUGUUAAAAAGGCUUCAACACUUGAACACUUUCGAAACCAAAGCACUUUAGCUUUUUUUAACACUUCCUGCAAAAAAAUCUGUCUUCUGUUUCUUCUUCCCCUUGAACUAUCUGUCCUGUCAAACUUUGCUCUCAAUGUUACUCCUCCUCUUCAUCGUCAUCACAUAAAAUAUUCUUCUACUUCUUGUUCUUCUUCUUAGCUUUUGCCACUUUGCAACACUUUCAUAUUUUCACAUACCCUUUUUCUUCUUCUUCUACUUCUUCUUCUUUUGUGAGACAAAAAGAUGAAGGCAUGGCCAGCUAGGGUGAUAUACCCUUCUUCACAAGAGAACACAAAUAGCCUCACUAGAUACCCUUCUUCUUCCUCCCACUCUUCUUCUCCUCCUUCAAUGGGAAUGGUCUAUGCCGACAUGGACUCUCUCUCUCUUUGUUCCCACUACGGUACUGUGGUUUCUUCUCAUCACCAAGAUUGCUAUGUCUCCAACGGGGGCACAAACUGGGGUUUUCCCUUCAUGAGGGAAUGCCCCAACAACAGUGAUGAUGUUGCUGAAGAAGAAGAGGGUAAAGGCUCUGAUAGCAGUACUGGUGAAGACAGUGACAAAGUUAACCACCAUGCUAAUAACUCUAACGAUGAGAACAACCCUAAUGAGAAUAAUUCUAAUAGUGGCGGUUCGGGGCAUUCCAAGCUUUGUGCUAGAGGGCAUUGGAGACCAGCAGAAGAUUCCAAACUCAAGGAGCUUGUUGCUCUUUAUGGCCCUCAGAACUGGAACCUCAUUGCUGAGAAGUUAGAAGGAAGAUCAGGAAAGAGUUGUAGGUUGAGGUGGUUCAACCAGUUGGAUCCAAGGAUCAAUAGGAGGGCAUUCAGUGAAGAAGAAGAAGAGAGGCUGAUGCAGGCACAUAGGAUUUAUGGCAACAAAUGGGCCAUGAUUGCAAGGCUUUUCCCAGGGAGAACAGAUAAUGCUGUGAAGAAUCACUGGCAUGUUAUAAUGGCAAGAAAGUACAGAGAACAGUCCAGUGCCUACAGGAGAAGAAGGCUGAGCCAAUCUUCUUCUGUUUACAGAAGAGUGGAUGAAAUUAACACAACAAUAACAACGACAAACAGCAUUGUUGUCUCCAGAGACACAGAACAACAAGCACCACCACCACCACCCUAUUGUGUCAAUCUCUCAAAUAAUGGAGGACUUGCCAACAACAUCAUCAACAACAACAACAACAUUAACAUGAUGUCUAGUUUUCCAUAUGCUGCUGCAUCCUUCCAUGGAGUAGUGCCUUCUUCUGGUGGGAUUGAAUUUGGCUUAAAUUCCUCACCCCACAUGACUACAGCCAAAGAACCAUUCUCAACCACCAAGCUGGCCCCUCCUCAUAUUGCCUUGUAUCCUCAACAAACAUCACUUGAUUUCUUUUCAGGUGUUAGAAGCAGCAGUGACAUGGUGGGAGAGUAUUUUGGCCAGAACCUUCAUCACCAACAACAACAACCUUCAUCUGGUUUCUACCCUCAAUACCCCCAAUAUGUGAUGCUAAUGAAUCACCGCCACCAACAAAACAAUCACAACAACUUUUACGGUUUCUCAAAUUCCACAUCACAGAUUUUAUUAGGCCACAGUGAAGCCUCACUAUCAUCAUCAGUGGCAGCAGAAGAACACAGAGAUCAUCAAAACUUGAGCAGUGAUCAGUGCCCCCCAGAUGCAACAACAACAAUUCCACCUCCAUUUAUUGACUUCCUUGGAGUAGGAGCCACUUGAUCAAAGUUAGAACCGAAACAAAACAAAACAAAAAGCUGCAAACUUUUUUUUCCCGGAAGCUCCUCAAUAUAGGUGUGGUCCAACAUUGCUGAGAAAGCCAUUCGAGGUAAACAGAAAGGAUAGUCUGCUUCAGUUUGGUGACUGUGAUGAUCUCGUGCGUCACUUCCUGUUGUUGAGAAUCACACUUCACAACCUAUGAAUCUCUGUUGUGAUUUCCUUUCUUUUAUCACAUGGCGACCCCCCCCCCCCCCCCACCCCCUCAA